AUGGCGAUCCCGCUGGUUCUCUUCCUUCCUUUGCUUCUAGUAGCCUGGGCAGUUGUCGUGGCCACCUAUCGACUCACAUUUCACCCGUUAGCUAGGAUUCCUGGACCAAAGCUAGCAGCUAUAACGCAGCUCUACCAGACGUUUUACAGCUAUUACAAUAACCAAAGUCGCUUUUACCAAAAGGUCGAGAGCCUCCACGCGAAAUAUGGCCCUGUAGUUCGCAUUACGCCAGACGAAGUCUCUCUUAGUGACCCCGAGAAUUACAGUACUAUCUAUCAUGUAGGAACCAAAUAUGGGAAGCCAGAUGCCUAUUAUCAUGUCUUUCAGGCUCCUGGUUCAUUCUUCACAGCUGCUGACAACCGAGAGCACGCAAAACGGCGUGCUCCAGUGAACCCAUUCUUCUCUCGAAAAGGUGUCCUGGAGUUGGAACCUGUAGUUCAAGAGAAGGCAAAACUUUUGCUUUCAAAACUACGCAAAGACCUAGAUCAGGCUAGCGAGACACCUGGUGGGUUUGUUGAACUUCAAGAUCUCUACAGUGCCAUCAGCAUAGACGUGGCCAGCGAUUACUCGUUUGAUGACUGCUAUGACACAUUGGAGAAGGAAGGCUAUGGUCGGGAUUUCUCAGAUAUGGUUCUUGGCCUUUUGACGUCUUUUUGGUUCUUUAUGCAGUUCAAAACCAUUGAAUCAUUGGCUCUAUCCCUACCAACCUGGAUCUCGUCUGCGUUGAGUCCUGCACUCAAAGAGUAUAACAAGUUAGUCAAGGGAGUCCGUCAGAAUAUCACCAAUGUGAAGACGCAGACUCUAUCUCAGCGAGAAAAAUCUCAAAAGAGGUCUAUUUUCCACGAACUGCUGUCAGCAGAUCCCAAUCGAACCGUUGAUGAUAUGACCGACAUUGCUUUGUCGAUUGUUGUGGCAGCUGCAGCCGCCACAAGCAAUACAUUGGGCAUUCUGUCAUAUAACGUUAUCAGCAACCCCGACAUAUAUCGUCGCUUACGAGCAGAGCUUUUGGAAGCUUAUCCGGACGAUACGCAAGAGAUGAAGUGGAUAACAUUAGAAAAGCUACCAUACUUGACAGCAGUUAUCAAAGAGUCGCUCCGCUUGGCGUACGGAGUCAUCGGAAGGCUACCACGUGUAGUCCCUGCGGGGGGCGCCAACUUCAACGGUUAUUUUCUUCCAGCUGGUACCACGGUUGGUAUGUCAAGUUGGAUGAUGCACCGAACCACGUCUGCCUUCCCAGAGCCUGAUAAAUUUGACCCCGAGCGAUGGCUAGAUCCAGAGGGAUCAAGCAAGCAGCACAAGUAUCUGGUAGCGUUUGGAAAGGACAGUCGACAGUGCAUUGGAAUGCCUUUGGCAUACUGUGAGUUAUACGUCACGGUCGCGACUGUCUUCCGCAACUUUGCCGAUCUUGAGAUUCGGGGUACCAAGCCUAGCGAUCUAGUGUUUAAUGACUAUUUCUCGGGUUAUCAUCCAGCAACAGCGACGCCUCUGCGAGUGGCACGACGAGAGUCUACGUAG